AUGAAAGAAAAUCUCGAAUGCGUUAACAACAUCGAAUUAGCUGAUAUUGAAAAAGAAAAAAAACAAAAACAAAAAGAAAAAAAGAAAGAAAAACAGAAAGAGAAGGAAAAGGAAAAGGAAAGGGAAAAGGAAAAAGAGAAUCAGAAUCAGAAUCAAAAUCAGAAUCAAAAUCAAAAUCAAAAGCAGAAACAAAAGGAUAAGCAAAAGGAAGGUAAAGCAAAAAAUGAUGAUUUGUGUCUCAAUGACGAAAGUAGGGAACCCAAAAAAUGCGAGCCUGCGAAGAAUAAUAAGCCGGGCCACAAGGGCACCAACUUGAAAAAUAAAAAAAAAGUCCACAAGGAGAGUUGCACGAACAAUGGGGACGAGGACGACGAAGACGAUGAUAAUGGGGGUAACGGUGGAAACGAAAUCGGAAAUGAAGUUCCAAACGACAUUAGAAACGAAAAUAGAAACGAAAAUAGAAACGAAAAUAGAAACGAAAUUAGAAAUGAAAUUGGUAGGUGUGAACUAAUUGAGAAGAGCAACACCUUCACCGUGGUCGGGAAAGGGAAAAGGGAACCAAAGAGUAGGUUUGACGACGGGAAAGAAUCUAAGGGGAGUAGCACUUGCGGUGGAGCCACUCCCAGCGGAACGGGUAGCGGAACCGGAAGUGGCACAGGAAGCGCAAUCGGGACCUCCAAAGGUGUGCAGAAGGCAAAUGCGCAUACCCAAAAGAUAGGGAAAAAAAAAAAAGAAAUGAACAAGGACAAUCAAAAAGCUAACGUCAAAACAAACGCACUCGAGAAAAAAAACGGAACGACGAACCUCACAAACACAAGCAACAAUGAACUUACGAAAGAUAAAAUGAACGCCCACAAGAAAGGUGCAAAGGAGACCAAUGGUAAUGAAAACGGCAUACAUAACAAUAGCGCCGCUGAAGGAAAGAUAACGAGCAGUACCCCCACACAUGGUGACAACAACGUAAAGAAAAAAAACUCCACGGAACAAAAGAAUAAGGCCAAUUCUAAAAAGGGCGCCAAGAAGAACAAACAAAAGAAUGAGAACUACCUGCAGAAUACAUGGGUGUUUUUAUUCGACAAGGAAAACAGGAAGUACUACGAGCAGUACGUGAACGGUUUGGUGUCCUUGGAAACGUUUAACACGAUUGAAAAAUUUUACAAGAACUACAAGUACAUGAAAUCCCCAUCGUCCAUCAAGGAGUACUACAACAUUUACCUGUUUAAGCACAACUACAAGCCCAUUUACGAGGAAUACUCGAACGGAUUCAUUUACAUUAUAAAAAACGACCAGUACUUUAGGGACAACGUUGCUGAUUUGAUUUGGGAAAAAAUGGUUCUCCUGGCCAUUGGAGAAGAAUUCAAUUUGGUGGACCUCUCAGGAAUACAACUGUGCAUAAGGGAAAACGAAAUUUUUUUCAAAAUUUGGAUGAAGAACUACUCAAACUAUAUAAAGAACAUUCUAACGUAA